CAAAAAAAAAUCUAAAUUACCGCCAAAAAAAAAAAACAUUCUUUCCAAAACUGACACUUGGCUCUCUUCCUUCAAAGUUCAAACACAAUCUCUCGGGAUCUUCACCCUUCAGUUCAUCCUCUCUAGGGUUUCCCAGAACUCUGUUACUACACGGCGGCGCCGGCGUAAAGAAGCAAAAAUGUCUCUUUCUUCAACCACCACCACUUGCACUUCCCUCCUCCAAGAACUACAGAUCAUAUGGGAUGAGAUUGGUGAAGGCUACAGCGAGAGAGACAAGAUGCUGCUUGAACUCGAGCAGGAAUGUCUAGAGAUAUACAACAAGAAAGUCGAGAAAACUCGCAAGCACAGAGCCGAGUUGCAACGAUCGUUAGCUCAAUCCGAAGCUGAGAUCGCCAGCCUCAUGUCUUCACUUGGUGAACAAGUCUCCUUCUCAAGGAAAGAAGGCUCUUUGAAGGAGCAGAUAACUUCUGUGAAGCCUGUGUUGGAAGAACUGAUAGUUAAAAAGGAUGUGAGAUGGAGAGAGAUCUCUGAGACUGUGAUGGAGAUAGCUGAGAUCUCUUCUAACAUUGCUGGGAAUGAUUGUCCUCCUCUUAGCUCAAUCGAUGAAAGUGACUUGACUAAAAGGAAGUUGGAUGAGCUUAGAUCACAUCUUCAGGAUCUUCGCAAUGAAAAGGUUGUUCGGCUGCAGAAAGUGAACUCUUACAUCAGUGCUGUCCACGAGUUGUCGGAGACUCUUUCAUUCGAUUUCUCCAAGGCUUUGAGUAAUGUACAUAAAAGCUUGACCGGGGUUUCGAAAAGCAUUAGUAAUGAUACUCUUGCUAGGUUGACAGAGCUUGUGGAGUCUCUGAAGAAGGAGAAACGUCAGAGGCUGCUUAAGCUGCAAGGUUUGGGAAGAACCAUGCAGGAGCUGUGGAGCCUGAUGGAAACACCUACGGAUGAGAGGAGAAGAUUUGACAACUUAAGUAUCUUACUUUCUGAUGGUGCCUUGGGAAAAGGAUGCCUCGGUCUAGACAUUGUCCGAGAGGCUGAAGAUGAAGUGAAAAGACUGAAUGCCCUCAAGUCCAGCAAAAUGAAGGAACUGGUUCUGAAGAGGCAUUGUGAACUAGACGAAAUCUGCAGAGAGGUUCAUAUGGAUUUCAAUAGCGAUGCUGCAAGACAGAGUCUCAUCGACGUCAUUGAUUCCGGUGAUGCUGAUCUGUCUGAUAUUCUGGCAUGCCUUGAUGCUCAGAUCGAGAAGGCGAAACAGGAAGCUUUAAGCAGAAAGGAAAUUUUAGACAAAGUUGAUAAGUUGAAGCACGCAAAGGAAGAAGAAAAAUGGCUCGACGAUUAUGAAAAGGAUGAGAAUCGCUUCAGUGCUGUAAGAGGAGCGCACAAAAAUUUAAAACGCGCAGAGAAAGCUAGGAGCCUUAUCAGCAAAAUUCCUGCAAUGAUCGAUGGUCUGACAAACAAAGUGAAGGCCUGGGAGAAAGAAAGAGGAGUCCCCUUCUUAUGUGAUAAGCACCCGUUGUUACAAACACUGGAAGAAGAAAUUGUUUUGCGUGCUCAAAGAGAGGAGGAAAAGCGUCAAUUCCGAGAGCAGAAACGACUACAAGGCCAGCUUGCUACAGAGAAAGAAGCAAAGUAUGGUUCAAAGUCUGCAAAGAAGAAGCCACUGGGGCAGAGUCUUAACACAGACAAUGUGACUAAAACACCACUUGGUCGUAGGAUUGGGACUACACCUGGAAGGUCUGGUGUCAAAGAUAAUAGAGAAAGCGGAAGAGGCAAUGCUACCGCCAUACCGCUGAACUACGUCGCUCUUCAGAAAGAAGAUUGACUUUAUAGAUACUAAAAAGAGGGGAGGUGGGGUUUUAGGGUUCUACAUACAGCUACAUUACAUGACUUGUUAUGUGAUUCUUUUUGGUUUCUAGUUCCUUUUGCUAAUGAAUAUGAAGUCUCACAUUGCACUCACAAGCGCAGUUGAUAUCCAAAACCAAAGUUUA